AUGACAAUGGAUUCAAUGGAAUUACCUUCUAUCAGUAGCACUACUAGUAUUUCAGAUAAUCCUGCAUUGAAAAAUUAUUAUGAAAAGUUAUUAUUUAAAAAUGGUAGUAACAAAUCUUUGACGGAUUUUCAACAUGAAUUUAAUCCCAAUAACGACAACAGUACAUUUGAUAAAAAUGAUAUUACUAACAGAGUUGACUUCAUCAAAGGCUUUAAUCAUAACGACAACAAUCAUGAUCAUACAACAAACUCUACUUCUACUUCCACUUCUUCUACCACAAUUGCAACCACUAACCAUUCUCCAUUAAUAGGUAAUGAACACUUUAGUCCUUUAACUAAAUUAGAUUCACAGCAACAAUUUGAAAAUGUUGAUCCAAAGAAAAGGGUAAGUAAAGUGACUUUCCCAUCUUUACAGAUCAUUCCAAAUGAAUCAGAAAGUAAUUCGAUGGAACCAACAAGUAAUUACGAUAUAUCUAUGUUUCAAUCUGCUGGUUUGCCAUAUGAACGUAGUAAUAUCAUUAGUAAUAAUAUUGUUAAAAGCGGUUCCCAAUCUAAUGGUAGAAGAAAAUCUAUCUUCAAUUUCUCGGAAAUUAAUAAAAAGUCUAAUAACAACAUCGGAAUCAUUGUAAAUUCUUCCAACUCUAAUGCUACGACAACUUCAAAUGGUCAACCUGUUUUAACAUUUAAUAACUUUAAUUUUAAUGGUACUAGUAAUCAUGUGAAUAGCAACAAUACUACCACUACUAACAUUGCUGCUGCCAACAAUAGUAAUACUAUGAAUUCAAAUAUCACAAGUGCUGGCGACUUGUUUCUACCAAAUAAACAGACUCUCUUUGCUAGUGAAAGAAGAUCUUCUUACAUUUCUGAUUCUUUGAUUCAUCAUAAUUAUGGUAACAAUAACAGCAUUAGUAAUUAUCAUAAUAUUGAUCCAAAUAUGGUUAACAACAGUGGACUAUUAAAUAAUUAUCACUUUAACAGUCAGAAUGAUUAUACCCAAAUGAUACCAAAUAGAAAUAAUUCUAAUCUUAUUCAAAAUAAUCCUAAUCUUAAUUAUUAUGACCAACUUAAUAAUAAUUCUAAUAGCAUUGCUACACUACAAAGAUCAAAUGAUAAUGGCUUAUUACCGCAGAGUGUUUGUCUACGGAGUCCUGCUACCUUAUUGAGCCAAAUGUUCAAUAAUACCAACAAUAUUAAUCCUUCUGAUACUAAACUACAUACUAAUGGGUACCCAUAUAGUAAAUUGUCCAAUAUGCCAUCACAGAAUGAGCGGUAUGUCACCACCAUACAACAAACCUAUAAUAAUAUCGGUAGUAUGAAUACUGAUUUUACUAAUCCAAUAAUGAAUAAUUAUAACAAUCAAAGAAGAAACACACAACCUGCUUUAUUUUCAAUGAAUGGAAAUAAGAAUACCAAUGGCAAUUCAAAAAAGAAUAAUCAAUAUGGUUAUUUGAAUUAUUUGAAUAAUACAAGAUACGUUAAUGCUUCUUCUACCAAUAACAAUAAUAACAUAACGACAAAUAGUAAUAAUAAUAUGAAUCACAACAACGAUAACAACAGUAAUAACCAAGAUAAUGGAUUAAUAUUAUUAAAUACAAGACAGUUAACAUCAUCUUCUGAGUUGCAAAAAAUAUACGAGGAAUGUGGUAAAAAUUAUUUUUCAAGUGAACAAGUCUAUAAUUUUGGUGAUUAUAUUAAAGGUUUAUUAAAUAUCGAUUCCAAUAACAAUGAUAAAAAUAAAGAUUCUGAAUAUAUGACUAUUAAAAAGUCAGUCUCAAAGUUUUUAUCAUUUUUAAAGAGCUGUAAUUUAAGUUAUAACUCACAAUCUGAUACCUUUAUAUCCAAAAGUAGUACAAACACUACUGCUAACAACAAUAAUAAUAAUGCUGUUUCGACCAAUGGUGGCAAAAGACUAUUCAAUGCAUCAAUUCAAAAUAAUACUAAUAGUAAUAAUAAUUCCACAUCCACUUACUUACAUUAUAAACCCUUAGUGUUAGUCUCUUUGAAGAAUGGUAAAUUAGAAUUAUUAUCAAUCCCAUCGAAUAGUAACUUACUUAUAAAACGUGGAGAUCUGAUCAUUAUCGAUGGUGACCGUGGUAAGGAUUUGGCAUUAGUAGUAGAACCAGUUAUAAAUUUAGAUAUGGCAUUAAUGAUAAAUUUUUUAAAGAAAAAAAUCCAUUUUGACUCGUUGAUUACAAAUCGAGAUCAACAUUAUCCUAAUAGUAAGUUUAUUAACGCUUUAGUCAAUGCUACACAGAGAUUAACUGAUGAAUUAGACCCUAAACUAUACGAUGUCAUUGAAUUAAUUCAAUUAGUAGUUCCAUCUAAACAGAUAGUCAGAUUUGCCACACCAUGGGAAGUCAGUUCCAAUUUACAUAAUAAAUUUCAAGAUGAAUUGAAAGCAUUACAUAUUGCACAACUAAAAUUAAAAUCAUUAAAUAAUCAUGACUCGCCAUCAUCAUCAUCUGCAACAAAUUCUAAUAAUGCCAAUAAUAGUACUGCUGUAGAAGCCAACAGCAACAGUACGAAAUUAAACAUUAAAAUACUUAAUGCUGAGUUCCAAUUUGAUAGAAAGAAAUUAACAUUUUAUUAUAUAUGUGAAGAACGUAAUGAUUUUAGAGAAUUAAUCAAAGAAUUAUUCAAGUUUUAUAAGACACGUAUCUGGUUAUGUGCUAUACCAAACAAUUUGAAUAUAGACAAAUUAUAUUGUGAUAAUCAACAACAUAAAUUAAAGAUGUAUCAGGAAAUGACGCCGCAUUACAUUAACGAUGAUUUGAGUGACACAAAUUUGCAACAAAAUGGAUCUAGUAGAUUCUUUGCAGCACCAGCAUUGAAUCAAUUGAAGUUGGAUGAUUUCCAAAUUGGCGUUUAUAAAGAAUUAGUGAAAGCUCUGUUCUCCUCUCCUUCUUCAUAA